GCUCGAGUAUGUACUGGGAAACAGCAUGAAUUUUAGAGAACUCAUGUUUAUUUCAGAAGAAUUUAAUCAGCUCAUGUUUGGGAGCUGAAAUCUAUAUGUGCAGCUGUAAAGCUUAAGCGCAAUUCAAGCAAUCCGUUUCAGUAAUUGUUGAAAUCAUCUCAAGUCAACACAGUUCGUUAAAAAUGAAGCUGCUUGCUAAAAUAUUUUUAAUUUUUUUGUGUUUUACGGUAGCUGGGGCCCGGCCACAAGAUAUACCGCCUUCAGUGGAUUCUGUGCCUUAUGACGAACCUGUUGACUAUGACGAACCUGUUAACUAUGACGAUUUAACAAACACAACUUCUUCAACAACGACUUCCACAACACCCAGGUCCACUUCAAUGACAACAAAAGUCUCCACAACCGAAGCCCCUACAACAGAAGCCUUCACAACAGAAGUCCCCACAGCAGAAGCCUCCACAACAGAAAUCUACACAACAGAAGCCACCACAACAGAAGCCCCCACAACAGAAUUUUACACUACAGAAGGCUCCACAACAGAAGACUCCACAACAGAAGACUCCACCACAGAAUACUCCACCACAGAAGACUCCACCACAGAAGACUCCACCAUAGAAGUCUCCACAACAGAAGACUCCACAACAGAAGACUGCACAACAGAAGACUCCACAACAGAAGACUCCACAACAGAAGACUCCACAACAGAAGACUCCACAACAGAAGACUCCACAACAAAAGACUCCACAACAGAAGACUCCACAACAGAAGACUCCACAACAGAAGACUCCACAACAGAAGAAUCCACAACAGAAGACUCCACAACAGAAGACUCCACAACAGAAGACUCCACAACAGAAGACUCCACAACAGAAGACUCCACAACAGAAGACUCCACAACAGAAGCGUCCACAACAAAAGACUCCACAACAGAAGACUCCACAACAGAAGACUCCACAACAGAAGUAUCCACAACAGAAGUAUCCACAACAGAAGUAUCCACAACAGAAGUAUCCACAACAGAAGUAUCCUCAACAGAAGUACCCACAACAGAAUCCUCCACAACAAAAGCCAACUCAGCAGAAGACACCACAACAGAAGCUUCCGCAUUCGAAGUCUUCACAACAGAAUCCUCCACCACCUUAUCAACCCAACCAGAACAGAAGCCCCCAAAAAAGUGUUAUCUGAAAGACCAACAGAAAAAUACAAAAACAAGUAAUGGGAAGUGGCAAAAGACGACGAGCUGUUAUCGCUGCUGCUACGACGACGACAACUGUGUCGGCGAAUGCAAUCCGAUUCACCAGAGGCCUUGCAUGUUCAAAGAUUAUGUUCCUGUAUAAAACUCAGAGUAUAAUAUAGACAGUACUAAGCAGAAGAUUUAACGUGUUAUUAGAGGCAGAUUGAAAUUAAAACGUUAAAAACACCA